UGUGCUAUGGUAUCCCUGUGGUUACGAAUAAACAAAAAUGGCGGAUAAGAAGGGUUUACAGUGGCUUUCGGAGGCAAAAGCCGAAAUCGCUGCUACGGACGAGUGGAAAAGACUGACCUUGGAAUUAAACGAAGCCGUUCAACAGCAUCUUACCGAAAAUCAUGUUUCAUACUUUGCAGACCUUACAAACGUGGAGAAACUAGUGUUUCUUAAUCGAGCCUCGAAGCUUGUCAAAGACGGGUCCAGGUACACAGAUGUUGUUGCUAUGGUUGGCAGAACAGUAGAUCGAUGUGUGAACGAAGCCAUAUUAGGAGAACUUAUGAGUCCGCACAAUGACAGAACUAAAACUCAACUUUUAAUGGAUUCAACUUGUGAUGCUUGUGUCAAUAUAUUACAGAAAUGGCCAAGUCUAAAACCCAAACUGUUCUCAAAUCUAAACCGACCAUUGCCUCCAAAACUAAGGAAGAUCAUUUGGAAAAUGUUUCUUGACAAACCAAGCAUAAAUGACGACUAUAUUCUCAAGAAAAAAUCUAAAUCUACACAGGCCUUGCAACACGAGUCAGUGAUCAAGCAAAGAUCUGAAGCCUUUUUGUUAUCGGAGCAAAAAUUCCAGGCAUUGUCCAUGGAAACUAAAACAUACCUUGUAGAUGUGAUGACAUCCAGCCUUGUUUAUUAUUCUCAGAUAUCAAGUAAUCAGUCCCAUACAUUAGGAGACACAGAAUAUAUGCUUGCUAUUCCUUUUAUAGAGGUGUUUUUAUCAGACAUGAACAUAAAAAAGGAUCAAAAUGGGAAGGAGUUACUACAAGCUACUGCUCAAUUUGUUGAGGUCUUCACCAAUUUCAUGGAAACCAGACCCCUUUAUUUGAAAGAUUCUGGCUCCAUGGAAUUUCAUUCUGCUCUGAAACAAGUCGGAAUUACCAUGGCAACUCUUUUAGAGCAAUGUGAUCUUCAAUUAGCAACAUUUCUUCAGAAGGCAUUAGCAGAAGAUGGGUCUCAAACACUGCAAGGCUGUCUGUCUGUGCUUGUCAGGGCAUACAUCAGAUCAAUGUUUGUAGGCUAUGUCAGUAUGGAUGUUUUAUGCUAUAUUUGGGACCAGUAUGUUAUUAGCAUCAAGUACCCCAAGUUCCAAUCCAUCCCAACAUUUGCUGUUGCUUUGCUUCUUGUUCUAAAGACUCACCUGCUGGCAUGUAAAAAUAGAAGGCAAUUAGAAGAUGCACUUUUCCAAGGAGCAAAGGAAGUAAAAACGCAAGAGCUUCAAAACAUUGUUCAUGACCAUUUCCUAAGUGGCUGGAGGCAGUUGAUAGAGGAGGAGGUUGGCGGUUCAGAGUUACCUCUUGUGGACCCUAUUGCCACUCUUGGGGGUUGUGAACCCUGGGCGUGGUGGCUCCAUGAUGCACCCGUGCCCCGUCAGUACCCUGGGGAUCGCCGUGCAGCGCGGGAGAAAAGAGAAGCAGAUCGCUUGCAGAGAGCCCAAGAGAAAAAGAGAGCAGAGCUAAGAAAAGCUCAUAAAGAGGAAGAAAAGCUCCGAGCCAAAGAAGACGCCUUAAGAAGGACAUUUCACCAGGAGAAGACAACACAGGAGCAGAAGAUCGCUGAGCUUGAAAACGCUCUUCAUUCUGAGCGCCGAGCGCGGUAUGAUGUCGAGCAAGACAUGGCAGAAGAGAUCCGUCGCCUCCGAGAGCAACUCACCGACCUAACUGGUGUGGCUGCAUCUCCCUCGGUCGCUCGCUCUACCUCCCUCCCCCCUACCCCGCGGUCGGUCCAAUCGGAGCCCCCGCCCAGUCGGGGUGAGGGCGAGGUCCAGGGUUUACUGAGACAGUUGGUGUGCAGGUCCAUUGCCGGCGUAGAGCAGCUGGCAAUCGGAAUUGACAUUCAAAAGGAAGAGGUCCAGCGAAAGGUCGCUAUAAGCAACCGUCGAAACUUGAUGGAAUACAAGGAAGCUGAGCUGGCGGUUUUUGGAGGAGAGUUGAGCAGUGAGGACUGGGACCAAAUGACGUCAGAGGAAAGAGAAAAUAACAGAAAGAGACUACUUGACAAGCUAAAAGAAAUGAGAGCUGAGCGAGCACGCCCUGUUGACGAAACACAAGAAUGAAUUUGCACGGCACCAAUACUCUGUAGCACCAAUUUACAGGGUUGGGGUUUCCAGUGACGUCACAUCUCUGAACAGCUAAAAGAUACCCAAUCAGACACCUUGGUAAAAAACGCUUGUGACUACGCUUGUGACUAGGCUGUAUUUCUAGUUAUCUGCGGCAUUUUGAUGGAGGUAGUCUAACGUUUAAGCCAGGGCAUUCAACUCGUACUUGAAGGCCGUGAUACAAUAUCAUAUUUGUGUCCUACUACAUUAUAACGUUUGGAUAAUACUUCUAACUUCAGAGCGCUAUCUCUUCUGUUCAAAACAUCAAUAUCCCUUCAAACCACAAGGGGAAUUUCGCAUUUUGUAUAUAGCCCUUUCGAUUCGAAAGUGAUUCUAGAGCCUACAGGAUUUGGGCACAGCAGUUCUACUGCAAUUAAACAGCGACAGCAUUACACAGAAAACCCAAACAUCGUUUAGAUUAUCGUUUACUGAAUUUGAAAUAAGUUACUUGGUAUGGUCGUAAUUAUUGUUUUACACCCAGAAUAUACCCUUUACAUUCCCAUAAAACCAUAACAUAGGACAACGCAGUAUAAUCCAGUAUUUCCAUACAACGCUGACAGUCAUAACAUAUGGGUGCUGGAUUUGUAAGAAAGAAAAUUGAUAAAGCAAUCUCGCUCGUUAUUUUCAAAGAAUAAAUGGAAUCCCGAGA